CGUAUCUUAUCCAUUUCUCUCGCUCUGGCGAUGGCGACGGCGACGGACCGACUUCUGCGGAGACGGCGCGGCGAGGCGGGGCAGGUGCUGCAGAGGAUGGAGGACGCCGGAGCAGAGCACGACAGCUCCCGCCUUCGCUGCUGUCCGCGCGCGCCCGCGUGCUCGCCUCCGUCCGCGCCGGAGAGCUGCUGUCCGCGCGCGCCUCGCCUCCGUCCGCGCCGGAGCGCUGCUGUCCGCGCGCGGCUCACCUCCGCCCGCGUCCUGCCGCGUCCCAACCGCGCCGGGAGACCGCCUCUGCCUGCCGCGCGCGCUGUACGCGUCCGAGUCUCUGACGUCCAACCGCGCCGGGAGACCGCCUCUGCCUGCCGCGCGCGCUACAAUGAAACCAUCCCGGCCCGAAUUGGAGUUCGAUGCUAUAAAUUGAAUUGUUAUUGGCCGGAAUCGUGAACCAGGCCAGCGCCACCAGCGAGCAAUGCACCGUCGCUUGGGGUAUGAUACAGAUAAUUCUUCCCUUGCUUCUCCUGUUUCCUGCCGUAUAAUUUUGCAAUUCACCUGCUACUAUGUGAUCUUGCAAUUGCCGUACUUAUGUUUCCUGCCGUAUAAUGUUGCAAUUCAUCUGCUACCAUCUGAUCUUGCAAUCUGUUUUUGAGUUAUUGAGUAUUAAUAGUUGCUCAAUCUGUUUUUGAUCUGUGAAUAUUGGUGUGUUUAUGUGCCCUUGCUAGAAAUCUUAGCAAGUUUCUUAUCCUGAUUAUUAGGGGUUUCAUUGAUUGAACUAUUGAGAAAUUUGUAUGCUCCCUGGGGUACUGCUUCUGGUAGGAAUAAUUUUUCUUAGAGGUGAAGAGGAUCCUGGUUCAGCGUCAGUGAACUUCGAACUCUUGUGGGUACUGGGAGAAACAUUCGGAGAAGGUUUUGCUUUAGCCUGCAGCGGUGUUGAUAUUGGAUUAGAUGCGCCACUUCUUGAUAUUUACAGGUGAUGCUUGGGAUUCAUCUGGGAUCUA